GUGUGUUUCGACGCCACGCCUCUGUGCAUUUUCCUCCGCGCGUUGAUUUCAUACCAAGCUCAUACUUUGCAUUCCGUCUUUUUUUCUGUCAAAGACGAUUGUUUUGACUUGGAAGUACCCACAAAUCACAAAACAAGUCUUCGGCAAAAACAUAAACACAACAAGAAGAGCCUGCGGCAAUAACAGCAGAGCAGGAAAGUCGUUGUGAGGUGUGUUGUGGCUGGAACCGUCAUCAUUGCGUCGGAGUGGAGUUGCCGUGGCAGCCCUGAUGGGGCGCAGGAGGAGAGUGGCAAUGGAGAAGCAGUGGCAGAUGGAGCAGACCGUGGACUGGAUGGGGACCCUGAAGGCGUGUGGAGUCCAGACAUUGAGCAGAGCUUUCAGGAAGCUCUCGCCAUCUACCCUCCCUGCGGCAGGAGGAAAAUCAUACUUUCAGAUGAGGGGAAGAUGUAUGGUCGAAAUGAGCUGAUAGCUCGCUAUAUAAAGUUACGAACUGGGAAGACGCGGACACGCAAGCAAGUCUCUAGUCACCUGCAAGUCUUGGCCAAGAGAAAGUCUCGUGAGAUUCAGUCUAAACUGAAGGCCAUGAACUUGGACCAGGCAUCCAAAGACAAGGCACUACAGACAGUAGCCAACCUGUCAUCAGCUCAGAUUGUGUCUGCAAGUGUAAUGAAACCUCAGACCCCCUUCCCUCCACCAGUCAGAUUUUGGCCUGGUCCUGUACCAGGACAGCCUGAACAAUCUCAUGACAUUAAGCCUUUUGCACAGCCUCCCUACACUACACUACCAGCCCCAGUCCCUGCACCUAUCAGUUAUGAUACCUUGCCACCCCCUCGGCCUGCAGCCAUAGCAGCUCCUGUAUGGCAAGACAGAACCAUCGCCUCGGCAAAACUACGGUUACUAGAGUAUUCUGCAUAUAUGGAGACCCAGAGAGACCGAGAGAUGCAUAAACAUCUUUUCGUACAUAUUGGGCCUUCAAACCCAGGCUACAGUGAUCCUGUUUUGGAGUCUAUAGACGUGAGGCAGAUUUACGACAAGUUCUCGGAGAAGAAAGGAGGCCUGAAGGAGCUGUACGAAAAAGGCCCACACAAUGCGUUCUUUCUUGUCAAGUUCUGGGCUGACCUGAGCAGUGACAUUGAAGAGGGUUCCGGUGUGUUCUACGGAGUGAGCAGCCAGUACAGUGGAACAGAAAAUAUCACUAUCAGUGUUUCUACAAAGGUUUGCUCAUUUGGCAAACAGGUGGUGGAGAAGGUUGAGACAGAAUAUGCACGUAUGGAAGGAGGAAAGUACGUUUUCCGUAUCCAUCGUUCACCCAUGUGUGAAUACAUGAUCAACUUCAUCCACAAACUCAAACACCUGCCGGAGAAAUACAUGAUGAACAGCGUACUGGAGAAUUUCACUAUUCUACAGGUGGUGUCCAACAGAGAAACUCAGGAGACCCUGCUAUGCAUCGCCUUUGUGUUUGAAGUGUCUACAAGUGAACACGGAGCACAGUACCAUGUUUAUCGACUAGUUAAUGACUAGCAGCAUCUUGCAUGCAUGCAAAGACUCUUCAUCCUUUUUUAUACAGUUUGAACACAAUUUCCAGUUCAACACAGAGAACCUCCACUCCUUUACUCUAAACCCAGACUUGUUUUAUCCGACCAACCGUCACACUAGUCAUACCUGUUGCUUGUUUUUAUGUGUAUGUUGCUGCAAGCGUGGAGAGCAGCGUCCCAGAAUUUGCAAACCAUCAUAGAAAUGGUACAAGUUUGUCGGAAUUGUUUUUUUUUUUUUUUUUAACCCAUUAUGACUUGGUCUGAAGUGUGUGUGCGUUUACCUUUCAUGCAUGGACCAUCACACACAUGAUCACACCCAUCAACAUGUUUAAAGCACACAAGGAAAAAUCAGUAAUUAACGUUAAACCAAAAGUUUUCAUCUCUUAAUUUUUUUUUUUCAUGUUUCUAGUUUCUUAUAAUACAGAGACAUUAGAGGUGUUAUUGGACAGCUUCAAGUUAAACUGGGACUCGGAUUUACCGACAGACAUUAAGAGCCCCCCCCAAAAAAAAACAGAAGGAAAAGAUCCAAACUAACUAUAAUUUAGUGUUGUGUGAUCCUUUCAUCAUAUUUCAUAAGACAGUAGCUUUUUGUCCACCUAAAGUCAAGACAUCAUUUCCACUGAAUUUUCCCCAGUAUAUGCAUUUACAUCAGUGGUGAGACUGAUGUGAGACGAGUCUGAAUAUAGUUUGACAAAAAAAAAAACAUUUAAUCACUGUUAAUGUAACCUGCCAAAAAGACUUUUUAUUACGGUUUGUAGUAUCUUUGACAGGUACAAGUUGAGCCUUUUAUGACGUAUCCUGUUACAGUUUAGGGUGUGAUAAGUGACUAGUUUGAUUGAGAAUCACAUUGCAGAAAGUCUGCCUUUUCAUGAAAUAAUGCACUAUAUGUAAAGAUGUGCAUGUCGUAUUUAUUUUCAAACAGUAUAUUGGUGUGAAGAGAGACCGAAGUUUAAGAGCAUUUGCUGUUUAAAAGGUUUCCAGUGCUACACAUGUGGAGGGAAAAUCUCAAGGAGUUUGUUCGGAAACAACAGAAUAGGUCCAAAUCAGCUCACACAUUUUUAAUGAGAAAAUUACAUUUAAUGUUUAUAAACAAAAUAAUGAUUUUACUCUUGACUAUGUGGGCUCGCUGCAGUAUUUCUACCUCCACAUGAGUUGGGAUAAGAAUGUGCUUUGAUUCUUACAGGCUUAAGCAGAGGAGCACUGAUGUAUAGGAUGUGUACACUGCAUUUUUAAUGGUACUGUUUAUAAGCCAAAACAAGAUAAAUAGAUGCAUUUUUGUAAUUUUUUUUGUUUUGUUUUUGUGUAUUUCACCAGCACACUAAACACCAUUAAUGAUGGAUGUUUUGGUUGUAUCUUUUUCUUGUAUGUAUGGUACAGUCCACACUAAGGUCACCCACAGUGCGCUGGGGUAGAUUUUUGCCUUAUAACACUAACAAACUAUCCAGCUGACACUUUUCUCGUGAUAUAUGUAAUGUUUUGGAUUACUGGUAUAUAUGGCUACCAGCAUUUUUUUGUCUUCUUUUUUAUAUAUACAUAUAUCUUAUUUGACUCCAUCACACCCUGUCCUGGUGGGAUUAUCUUUAAACAUGUGGAGCGAAAAGAUUUGUCUCUGACUGUUAUGACAACAAGAGCCAUUUGGUUCUUUUUUGUAAAAAGAAAAAUAAAGACUGUCAAUUAAUUUUUUAACUGUGUGGUAAGCCAGAAGUGUUGCAUUAUACCAUCACUUUUAUAUCUGUGUACUCUGGCUUUGCUACAUCACUCUUUUGGUCUGAUCUGCUCAGAUAUUUAAAUCUGUGCUUUUAUUCUGUACCAAUAGAAAAUCAUGUGAUGGUGGAAAGAGAGGAAAUCCUUCUUAAUAAAUUCUAAAAUAAAAAUGGUACUCUGUUUUGA